AUGGAACAAUCAUCACUUGAACAAUUACCCGAUGAGAUCCUAAUUGAUAUUUGCUACUAUUUAUCGUCGUAUGAAAUGCUUUAUUCAUUCUAUCAUAUAAACUCUCGUCUUAAUCGUACAUUAACCCACUUCAAACAUGGUGUACAUCUUUCACAAAUUCCUUCAAUGCAAUUUGAAACAUAUUGUCAACAAAUUUUUCCCUCUAUUGGUUAUGAUGUUCAUUCAUUAAUUAUUCAUAACAAAGAAUUAGCUAAAUAUCAAAUAAAAUUAUUCACAAGUAAAAUAGAAUUAGAUCAAAUAUUUCCAUAUCUUGAACAUUUAACACUUCUUGAAUGUGACUGUGAUACCUUAAUACUUUAUCUAACAAAAUUAACGUUAUUAAACGAUUUAAUAGAAUUAAAUAUUGAAUAUAACGAAAUAAUAUCGGUAGACAUGCAAACCUAUUUACUUCAAAAUAUAUUUUUAACACAAAAUUCUCUAAUAGAAGUAUCAUUAACAUCAUUUCAUGGUUUUAGUUUAAGUAAAUUGUCUGAUUCAUCUACCAAAAUUAACAAUUUAACAAUUUCAUUAAAAAAUAUUAGUGACAUGUUUAUGUUAUUUGAUUUAAUACCCAAUAUUCAACAUCUUAAUAUUCAUAUUCGUUAUAAUGGACCAUUUUCAAAAAUACGAUGUUCAAAUUUAACAAUUAAAGUACCAUAUUUAGUUGAUUUUCAUCUAAAAACAACAUUUGAAGAUGCAAUACAAUUUAGUGAAUUACAACUACUUACAGACAAUCUUCCAACACUUCAUAGUCUUUCUAUUGAAACUUAUACACGUGAUCUCAAUUAUGUCAAAGGAAAUCGUUGGCAAUCUCUAUUAGUAAAUUUAACAAAAUUAUAUAAAUUUCAUUGUUCUAUUCGUUUACGUUUUGUUAUUGAUGAUAAAUGUAUUUAUGCCGAUGAUGUAUUAACAUCAUUUAGCAGCGACUUCUGGCUAAUUGAAAAACAAUGGUAUGUUAACUGCUAUCUAUUAAAUGAUGGAAAAUAUGGAAAAUUUUACUUACAUACAGUACCAUAUGUGUAUGAAACAUUUGAUGCCUCAAUUUUUGUAAAUAAUUGUGAAUCAACUUAUUUUGAUGUCAAUCUAACAUAUCCAAAAGUUCGACAAUUAAAUUUUGAUGGUAGAGAUGAAGAUCUAUUCAAAUCUUCUUUUUAUUUAAUGCUCAACAAAUUUUAUAAUAUUCGUGAAUUAAAAUUAGACAGACUUUAUAUUGUAUCUAAUCCAGAUGAUCAAUCUGUUUCGUUACAUCUAUUACCCAAAUUAAUUAAACUUUCACUUUAUACGACAACAAGAGGAUACAUAAACAUUGAUUUUCUUACAGAACUUUUAUUAAUGGCACCAAAUCUUUCAUCAUUAUUUAUUUCUUAUACUGAACUUGUACAACUCACUGAAAGAUUAGAACAAAUUUCACAUACUUUCAGACGAAUCUAUCAACUUGAAGUGUUGGCUUGUCGUGAAGUUCGACUAAACGAUAUUAAAUUACUAUCAAAAAUAAUUGUUAAUUUACGUUGGAUUAAAUUUCAUGUCAAAAAUAUUGAACGUACAUUUAGUGAUGGAUUAUUUGUAUGUGACGUAUUAAACUGUUUUAAGAGUUUAACGACACUUGAAAUAGCUUGUCAUGGUAGUUGCACAAAAAUGAAAGCUCUAGAAAGAAAUAUUAAUUCGUUAUUGAAAGACAGUCGAUUUUUUGCUGAAUACGAUGGAAAAAGUUUAGUACUUUGCGUUCAAUAG